AUGGCGUCGGAAGAAAAAAUACCCGGCGAUGUUAUUAGCAUGGGCGGAAGCGACAGUGAGCAAGAGAACAGUCAGGUCGAAAAGAGACCAUUAGCUGAGGUCGACGGUUCCGAUGCCGAACAAGACCAACUCUCACACAUCUCCAAGCGGCCCAAAUUCAGCCGCCCAUCAUCCAGCAGUAACGCAAGCAAGGGUUCCGAGGAGGGCGAAAUAGAAGAAAGCUUUUCAAAGUCCAUUGGCAGCCAGUCCGGUCAUUCAGACAGCCAGCCAGCAGCCAAGUCGUUCGUUCCCUCGGACCCGCCACUGUUCACAACCGAAGCCAUCAACUUGAAGCUGCCGGCGCUGUCGCAGAGGAAGGAGGGGUCUUGGGUGGAGCGCGUCUCGGACUGGACCAACGUUCUGUGCACAAUCAACUUUGAUUCCUUAGCCGACAUCAAGCCACCGACGGUUGUCUCCGCCUUUGGUCAAUACAUUGACGUAUACAGCGGCCUGAAACCGCCGAAAAGAAGAACUGCCAAGCAGACUGUUCGCGCCAUGGAGGAGUCGGGCAAGAUUGCUACCAUUGUUGCAACCGCAAAACCGCCGUCUCCUGCACCGGCGAAGCAGACAAACGAUGUGGAGGAUGGUGAAGUCGCGAACUCGCCCGAAUACGAGCCCAGUGAGUCGGUGAAGCUGGAAACUGGCCAACCUGCCGACGGUCCCACGAAUGAUACUGUGACUGCGACGAAUGGUGAAUCGGCUCACGGACAAGAACCAACAGCUGAACAACGUCGAUACUUUCCUUCUGCGGAAAAUGCUGCCGACAUGUGCGUUCUGUGUGGUCGCAAGGGACACGCUUCUGGCACCUGCAGUCACACAAAAUGCAAAUUUUGUGGAGAGACUGACCACUGGGCAUUCAGCUGCAAAGCCAUCAAGGCUAGAUGCGGGAAGUGCCGACAACUUGGUCAUGACACUUCGUCUUGCGUGGAAAAACUAGCCCUCACCAAGGACGAGGGCUUGGCCUGUGCUUACUGCGGCAUGGAGGAUCACCUUGAAGGCGAAUGCACAGAGCCUUGGCGAUCAUUCCACGCCGAAGGAGACACUGUACUCCCCGUCGUUGCCAUUCAGGCGUCCUGUGCGGUAUGUGGUUCGCGUAACCACUUCGCGUCGGACUGCUCGCAGAAGGGCAGUCGACCCUUUAACCCAUCGUGGACGCUGCGGAAUCGAGAUUUCUUCAUAGAUCCGCACUGCGGCAAGGAAUCUAUCGAGGAGGCUGCCAAUCUGCAUCUUCGUGCGAAGCCCAACACGGGUCGACAGGAUGCUAGAAUACGCGGCCAUGCCUCGCGCACUAUGAAUGUGCACUACUCGGAAAGCGACGACUCAGACAUGGACCUCCUCAGCCACCGAGCAGCACCCCGACAGCAACGACCCCCGCUUGGCCGUAUGCAAAUGUCGACAAACAUCCAGAUGCCUAGGCUGGGCGGCCAUGUCGUCCAGCCGCCGCUGCCACCUGGUCCUCCGCCGCCACUUCCACCUCCUCCGCGUCAUCCCCCACCUCCAGGCACGUCUAGUUAUGGUAGAAACCAGCGCGGGCCACCACCCUCGCUACCACCAAAGCCGCCAGCGGCACGGAACAACCGUGGACCUCCACCUCCUCCGCCGUCUAGGGGAGAUUCACGCCGUGGUAGCCACAGCCGUGGACGGAGCGGUCCCCCGCGUGGCCGAGGCGGGCGUGGAGGUGGAAGAGGACGAGGAAAGCGAUGA